AUAAACAUAGCCAUUACACUAUUAACAAAUACAUUUCUAGCAAGCCUCCUCGUAAUAAUUGCAUUUUGAUUACCCCAAACAAAUUCCUAUACAGAAAAAGUAAGUCCCUAUGAAUGUGGAUUUGAUCCCUUAGGAUCCGCUCGCCUCCCCUUUUCAAUAAAAUUCUUCCUAGUAGCCAUUACAUUUCUUUUAUUUGACCUAGAAAUUGCACUUCUCCUCCCACUUCCCUGAGCAUCACAAACUAACAAUUUACAAAAUAUACUCCCAAUAUCUCUAAUACUAAUCUCUCUUUUAGCCCUCAGUCUAGCUUAUGAGUGAUUACAAGAAGGCCUAGAAUGGUCUGAAUAA